CCUAAGGCCAGGCCCCGGGGCCAUUGGUGCACCAAUCAGCAGGCGGAGUGCCGGAUUAUGCGGUCUGUGAUUGGAUGGUUCUAUUGUGACACACACUCCUGCCCCCGGGACGGCCAGAGAGUGUGAAGCGACUGCGGGCUGGAAUGUAACCUUAUCUAUGAGGGACUCAAGUAAUCAGUUUCUGGACUGAAGGUAAAGGCUGCCAGUCACUUGAUCAGCUGUUGCAGUUCCCAGCUCUGUCAGACUGAGGUGUUUCCAGCUGUGGUGAUUAUUCAAACCAAAAUGGGUGAUGCUGAAAAAGGCAAGAAGCUCUUUGUUCAGAAAUGCUCUCAGUGCCACACCGUUGAAAAAGGGGGGCCACACAGGACUGGCCCGAAUCUUUGGGGUCUGUUUGGUCGCAAAACAGGACAAGCUGCAGGAUACUCUUACUCAGAUUCAAACAAGAACAAAGGUGUUGUGUGGAAUGAAAAUACACUGAUGGAGUAUUUGGAGAACCCUAAGAAAUAUAUUCCUGGAACUAAAAUGAUUUUUGCUGGCAUUAAAAAGAAGAAUGAGAGAGCAGAUGUUAUUGCAUACUUGAAAAAGGCAACCUCUUCAUGAAGUGUUCUUACAACUACUGUUAUGUCAGAAAGUGUUUCAAAAUUUGAAUCUCUCUUGUAUCAGUA